GCCGGUUCUGGAACGAGAAUAUAUACUUCUAAAUAUAUUUCUAAAACAAAUGUACUUGUCAAUUUUUAUUUCCAUUGGUCACUGCCGAUAGCCGAAGCAGAAUUCACAAAAUUCCCCAAGUUAUGGGUU